AUGUCGACGGCGAGUCGUCGGCGUAAUGGCUCGCAGGCUUCCUGUGAGCGCUGUCGGAAGGCCAAAAUUCGUUGUGACCAUCAGAGACCCAUCUGUGGCCCCUGCCAACGUCGUGGGCUUGAGUUGCAAUGCUGGUACCAUCCCGCGCCACUUACAAAACAACGAAGGCCGCAACGAUCCGAUUCACCAAUCCUUGUCCAACCGAGCUCUAUUGAACGAAAUGAAGUUACGGCUAGUGCUGUAGAGAAUUCUUCAACUGAGCGACUGCCGAAAUUUCAUACUUGGCCCUUCAUGUUGAAUGACCCACACGGCACAUCAAGAGCUCUUAUACAUGAGACUUACCAUCAGAAGGCUUACCAAGAACACUUGGCUGCCGCAAAGGAUAUUGUGUCUCAAUUGAAAUUCCUAACACACAUAGAAAGGCUUGUCAAUCAAUAUCUUUCCUUUAACCAAGUCGCACUCUUACCAAGGCCAAUUAUCUCCCAACUCGUCAAAUCUAUCCGAGAUAGUUCGGCAACCUCGGACUACAUCGGAGAUAGUCCGACGGGUUCCACCCCUGAUAUUUUAAAGCUUGCUAAAGACCUACUACGUUCAUCGUCGACUGAAGUCAAUGUCACAGGAUCCUUAGACGUUAAUGGCUUUUGCGAAUUGUUCUGCGGAGCGAAUCUACGAAUAGAGACGCUGGGUCUUCUAUAUACAACCGCAGCGCGCUCUUACUUUUGUGGUAUGGACCGUGAUGGGAAGGGAUGUGACGGCUUCAUUGAGGAGAUAAUUAGGUGCGGUAGCUUAUGCUUACGGCUUGCCCGCGAACUUUCAUCGCAAUCGAACGAUCUUAUAAUAUGGCUCGCUCACGAGAACCUACAACUUACAACCCUUAUUGAAGGAGACGCAAGUCUUGGAGUUUGGAGACGAGCAGGCGACCUAGCUACCGAUAUCUUUGCCUUGAGUCUACAUCGCGAAGCAGCAUAUUCCCCUGAAAAAGUGCCAUUCUUUCUUGCCGAGUCCCGAAGGAAGACUUUUGCCACCGUAUAUCAUAUCGAUAAAAUAUUUGCGGCAGUUUUCUAUCGACCACCCCGAAUACCUGCGCGGUAUGCGGAUUGUAAGGCACCUCUCGACUUAUCAGAGGACGAACUCUUCGCCACCGUCCCAGAGAUACUGGAGCAGGCACGAAAGAACCUCUCACCAGAUGGGUGGAACAUACAGGGAGGUCACAGGCCAACUACAUGGGCUCGAAUACGCUACAUUCUAGCAGGGUUCCGCGAAGAAACUGUUGAGCUCCAAUUUAGGUCGGAACAAUCCAACAACGAUGCUGAGAUAAGGAACCUACUGAGUCAAUUUCAACUUACCUGGAAAUCCCUACCCAGCCAUUUUCAAUAUAACCCGGACUGUUGGACAUCGGAUCUAUCAACUGGAAUCUGCGUUAUGCUGGCAAAGGUAUAUCUCGCAUACCUCCACAUUAAUUUUCAACUUUAUCGGCUACUCGAAAAGGAUCGCUUAAGCCCCCGACCGGAAAUAAUUGAAGUGUCGGCACGUAUGCUCGAAGCGGUCGUGCAAAUAGCAAACGCUCGGAGCAGAGCGUUCUUUCUCCCCCGCGACCUCCCUACAAUUAUCCUAUCCUAUGGUCUACCAUCGUCUGCGAUCCUUACUACAGUACUACAGGACAUGACAAAAACCUUCCCACCUAACAUAAACCGGUCGCUUUUAAUACGAAACCUUUCGGUACUUGUUCAUCAGCUAGAGAGUGUAUCUAGUCCUGGAGAAACGAACCAUAUGUUCUGUACACAGGCUGCAAGAAUUAUCUCGCACAAACUAGAUCAGAUCCUGGAUAACUUAACUACAUCGGCUACUACAACGCCUUCAAACACCGCGAUAGGCCUAGGAAGUCCCGCGUCAAUCCUGCAACAGACCCAAGCCAGUUCUUCUGCCGAAAGGUCAGGUGAUACUGAAAUUAUGAACAUGGAUAACUUUGAUAACCUCGACUUUGAGACUUGGGUGGCGGGGCUCGACAUAGAUAUCAGUAGUAACGAGUGGAUCACAUUAUGAAAGACGAUAUUUUACGAUGAUCGUGCGAAGCCGAAAAUUUCUCAAUCAAAAGGUUAAUGGAAUUGCGUUUGGCACCCUGGAAUGAAUUUUGAUGAUGGUAUAACAGAAGAUCUUAAAAGACGACUCCAUUAUGUCAUUGGCCCGUCCCUAGAACUUUAUCCCUUUCUACAUAAGUGCUAUUUGUGUUGUGGUUCCUCAAAUCGAUGCGGCCGAGAUAACUUCGAGAGUCGACGUGGCGAAGAGAGUUCGUACACAUAUCGGUUCGGGCCGAUCCAACGAUUCAUUCCUACCUAGGUACGAGAACCAUAUACGUAAUUGGGCUUACGCCCACUACAGUUAAAUAAAG